AAGAAAAAGCAGCAGAAGUUCUCAGCCGGCGAAUUACUGAGUAGACCUCCAAUCAAGUCUCAAGAAGGCAUCCCCGAAAAACCCACAGGAAGUCAGCCAUUUUGGAGCUACAGGUGAUCAUCGUUUGUUCACUAAGGAGCGCGGCCGAGCGGACGCAACGGGAAUCGAACGCCCUCAGCCGACCUCCUCGGAGAUGAAGGCGAGAUGAGGCGGGAGGAGGGCGCGGAAGGCCGUCGGAGCUGCAGAUGAGGCGAGCGGAAGCGCAACUCGCCAUGUUGUUGAAGAGGAAGCUGUGCGUGGUGGUGGCCGUCGCCGCUGUCCUCCUCCUCAUGCUCGCCAGUCAAAGCAUCCAGACCAAGCACUUCCUGCAGCUGUCCUUGGCCACGCCCACCGCUGACAACACCAGUCAGGAGAUGGCGCCCCCUGUCGACGGCACCAGCACACACAGAACCGUCUCGCUUGAGGAUCAGCAGGAAAAAGGCGACACAAGGCCCUGCGGUUGUUCGGAGUCCUGCGUGUCGGAUGCGAGCGCAUCCGACUGGUUCCGCAGUCGCUACGAUCCCGCACAGCGGCCCGUCCUCCGUGGCGCUGAUGACCAGUUCGACCCCGACGCGCUCAAUUGGUGGUUGAGUCUCCAGCGUUCGGGGAAUGACCAGAGCGUGCAGGAAGUGAUGUCACGCAUGUUCCGGGUCAUCUCCCCGCCUCCCACGGACUUGGCGCCGCGGCCGUCACGGUGCCGCACUUGCGCCGUGGUGGGAAACUCGGGCAACCUGCACAAGUCGGAAUACGGGAAAGACAUCGACGCCCACGCCGCUGUCAUCCGGAUGAACAAGGCGGUGACGCGAGGAUUCGAAAAGGACGUGGGCAACCGCACCACGCAUCACUUCCUGUACCCGGAGAGCGCGGUAGACGUGGCCCGCGGCGUCAGUCUCAUCCUGCUGCCCUUCAAGAUCCGAGACCUGGAAUGGCUGACCAGCGCCUUGUCCACCGGAGAGGUCAAAAUGACGUACAUGCGGGUGAAGGAGCGAGUGCAGGCCGACAAAGACAAGGUGGUGGUGGUGAACCCGGCCUUCUUCAAGUACGUCCACGAGCGCUGGACGGAGCGCCACGGCCGCUACCCGUCCACCGGCAUGCUCGCCGUCGUCUACGCGCUGCACACCUGCGACCAGGUGUCUGUGUUCGGCUACGGCGCCGACCCGCAGGGCAACUGGCACCACUACUGGGAGGAGAACCGCUACGCGGGCGCCUUCCGCAAGACGGGCGUGCACAGCGCCGACUUUGAGACGCAGGUCAUCCGGCGGCUGGCGGACGAGCGGAAGAUCCGACUGCACGCGUGAACCCGCCGGACGGGCCGGACGUCCCGUGGCACUGAACAAACACGAACCUCGUCGUCCAUUUUGUGCCUUUUCCGCAACGCUGUGGGGGAAAAAAGUGUUUUGCUCUGAGGUGGGGAACGACCACACACACUAUUUGGGACUUUUGCCUUAUCUCGACAAUGAGUUUAGGGAUAAACCUUUUUUUUUUUUUUUUAAACUUUUUUUUUUUCGUUUUCCCCUUCUUCUCUCAUCGGAGCACUUUGUCUUAAGGAAAUGGCAGCCAUCUUCCUUUCCUCCCUCCUUUCGUUCAAACUGAACCAUUGCCGUCCAGUAAGUAUUGAUCCCCGUUUCUGUUAUGCCGCAGUCUUAUCAUCCAAAAUGCUUUCAAAUACAUUUUUUCUCCAAAGUUCUACAAACCAUAUCGCAUGAUGGAAGUGGGAAAAAAAAAAACGCACAUCAGGCUGACUUUUUUUUUUUUUUAAUUAACAUUUGUAUAAAAUAUGACCGUGAAAACAACUUUAUCCAAAUGUUAGUUAAAACCCCAAAAACACAAAUGUGUAUAUUGUAAUUCCCAGCCUACAGAGCGCACCUGUUUACAAGCCUCACCGAGUACAUUUCUAAAGGAAAUACCGUUUGGUACAAGCAUACCGCGACCGCGCUAACCCUAGCGCCGCGCUAACAGGGCUGGUUUAAAAAAAAAAAAAAAAAAAACAUCCCGGUAAAAAUCUGAGACACAACAGAAACACGCAGCGCAAAUAGGGCCGGAUCGGUAAAAGUCACUACGUACAAGUUUGUAGACAUCAAAAGACGAUGCACUCAUGUGACAUCAAAGACUAUUAACGUAAUUCCCGGCCUACAGAGCGCGCCUGGUUAUAAGCCUCACCAAGUACAUUUGUAACAGAAAUACCAUUUGGUACAUACGCCGCACCUGUGCAAAAGCCUCAAGUGCCUACAUUGAAACAUGAGAUAUUUACAAAGACUAAACAGAGAGUUUAAUGCUAGCGCUAAGGCUAGCGCCAUGCUAACGCUGGCGCUGUGCUAACAAGGCCGGAUUAAAAAAAAAAACAUACCAGUAAAAAUCACUGAGACACGGCAGAAACACGCUAGCUCGGUGCUAAAAGGGCCAGAUCGGUAAAAGUCACUAUGUACAAGUUUGUAAACAUCAAAAAACGAUACACUUGUGUGACAUCAAAGACUAUUAACGUAAUUCCCGGCCUACAGAGCGCACCUGGUUAUAAGCCUCACCGAGUACAUUUGUAAAGGAAAUGCCAUUUGGUACAUGCACACGCCGCUGCGCUAAUGCUGUGCUAAUGCUAGCGCCGUGCUAACGACCUGCUAACAG